CAAUCAUGAAUGUGCUUCCAUCAACGUAUAUAUGGUUUCUAUGAUGAGUGCAAGAGGAGAUUUAAUGUCCGUGUUUGGAAGACCUUUUACUGAGUGCUUCAAUUGUUUGCCCGUUGCUGCUCUGAUUGAUGAAAAGAUCCUCUGCAUGCAUGGUGGAUUAUCUCCUGAACUGAAAAGCAUGGAUCAAAUCAGAAACAUUGCUCGCCCAGUGGAUGUGCCAGAUCAGGGUCUACUUUGUGAUCUGCUGUGGGCUGAUCCCGAUAAAGACAUUGAAGGAUGGGGAGAGAAUGACAGGGGUGUUUCAUUUACAUUUGGAGCUGACCAAGUUUCUGAAUUUCUUCAGAAGCAUGAUCUUGAUCUUAUCUGCCGAGCUCACCAGGUUGUCGAAGAUGGCUAUGAGUUUUUUGCAAAGCGGCAGCUAGUAACCAUAUUCUCUGCCCCAAAUUACUGUGGUGAAUUUGAUAAUGCUGGUGCCAUGAUGAGCGUGGAUGACACUUUGACGUGUUCUUUUCAGAUUCUUAAGUCAACUGAGAAGAAAGGUAAAAUUGGAUUUGGUAGCAACAUGUUGAGACCAGGAACUCCACCUCACAAGGGUGGGAAAGGUUGACUGAUGCACAAAAAACAAUCAUAAGGUGCAAACUGCAUGAGACCUAGUGGUUGUUCUAUUCUUGGAAUGAUGUCUAAGCUGUAUGCUCAAACUCACAUCUUGCUCUACUCAGUUGCGGCGACAAUUGCAGUUAACUUUAAUAUCUGUGUUUCUUUGGCACCAAAGGAGAGAUGAAGACAAGAAUUUACUAGAAAACAGUGUGGUGACAAGCUGAGCAAUCCCUAUCCAUGCACUUUGGAGGGUGGAUUCGGCUUUCUUAAUGUAAGAUGAAAAUUAUGACUUACUGGCAGUUCAUUUUCUUUUCCUGGAAGUACUUGUAAACAUGCUGUUGCUUAUAGUUGGUUUAGUUUCCUUUUUGCCCUUUUCAUUUUCAAAUCAAUGCAAGAAUGCGAGGUCGUUUCUGUCAGAGUAGCUUGAUGUGGUAUGUACAAUGAACACCAUGCUAGGUACUUUUAGGCCAGUCAAGUUAGACUGACUUAUUGAUUGAUUUUGAGAUUGCUCCUCGCAAGAGCCAAGAUAGUGCUCAAAUCCAGAAGUGUGGCCUCAUGUCACAUGUUUGAUCA